UCGCACAUAACGGAGCCCUAAUGAUGAAUUACUAGUCUAGUCUAGACUCUAGACGCGCCUCACCAGCCAUGGAGUCAGGCCACGGGAUUCCGCUCCUCUCCUCCUCGCCAUCCCGACUCUCCCCCACGUCCCGCGCGCACGCUACAGAACUCGCGGGUAAUUUUAACCGAAAGUCUCGCGUCCGCCGGCACGCCGCGUGUGCGGCAGUCGCCUCAGCAGCGCUGCUGCUCCUUCUGUUAGUGGAGCUCGAAAUCAUUCCCCUGCCUUCGUACCAUUCGCGUUCGCUCUCGUCCGACGGGUCUCGUUCACUGCCACGUGGACUCGCGGAGCCGCGCAGUUUAGUGUCCGAAUUCGCUCCGAACGCGAAUCUGUACGGAAGCAGUUUCGCCGUUCGUUCCGGUCGCUUUCAGAAAGCGGAUGUAGAGAGCGGAAAGAGUGCGGAGCCUGUAGAACCUGUAGAAAGUGCUCCUGGCGGAGGCGGAAAGAGUGCGGAGGAGUGGUGGAAGCGGGUUGCGCAGCUCCCCCGGCUCCGCGCGGAGCAGAGGCGCGCCCGGAAGGCGCAACGCCAUGGGCGGAAAGCGCCUGGUGAUGGCGCGCGGGGAGGGGGAAGGGGAGGCGUGGGGUUGCGCCUGUGGCCGAUGCCGUCCGAAAUAGUGACGCAGGGAAGCGGGGAGGUCGUAGUCAGCCCGAACCUGAGGCUCGACAUCAGCUUCGGCGAAGUGCCGAGCAUGGGAGGAUCAAGGUUCGGAACGGCAGCAGGCGGAAUGGAGGGUGGAGGGGAGGUUAAGGAGAGAGAGGGGAGCAUGGAGAAAGGGGAGGUGAAGGGAGAGGGGGAGAUUGAGGAGAGUGGGGAGAGCAGGCGCGUUUGGUUAAGGAAUGAGGGAAUCUUGCAAGGAGCGUUUGAGAGGUACCUUGGGAUCAUCUUCGCCCAUGACUACGAGAGGAGGCGAGCGGAACGGAUGCAUGACGGGAUGGAGAGCAGGGGGGAGGAGAGAAGGGGGGAGGAGAGGAGGGGGCUGAGCGAAAGGAUAUCAGCGGAUGUGGGAUGGAAGGAGCCGGCAGCUAAGAGAGAGAAGGCGGGGUUAGAGGAGCAGGAGGCACGAGCGGAGGAGAAGGGCGAAGAGGAGGAGGAGGUGGUGGUGGUGGAAUCAGUGAGGAUACACGUGGCAGAGGCAGCGACAGAGCUGCACAUGGGAGUGGAUGAGAGCUAUGAGUUGUCCAUCGCACACGCGCCGCCAUCACAUGAUACUGACGCCCGAGCUACAUGGCACGGCCAUGCCAUCACGCAUGCCAUCAUAAGGGCCAACACUACUACCGGAGCAUUGAGAGCGCUCGAGACCUUCUCCCAGCUCUGCGCCUUUGACUUCGUCUCUCGCCUCGUCACUGCCAAGGGCUCGCCCAUCCUCAUUCGCGAUGCACCGCGCUUCGAGUACCGUGGGCUGCUCAUAGACACGGCUCGGCACUUCUUGCCCGUGGUGGUUAUGGAGCGGGUCAUCGACUCCAUGGCCCAUGCCAAGCUCAACGUGCUCCACUGGCACAUGGUGGACUCGCAGUCCUUCCCCAUCGAGACGCCCUCCUUCCCUCGCCUCUGGCUCGGCGCCUUCACCCCCUUAGAGCGCUACACCACGGACGACAUGCGCCACAUUGUCGAAUACGCAGAAGAGAGAGGGGUGAUGGUGGUGCCAGAGCUCGACUCCCCAGCACACGCUGCCUCGUGGGGAGUGGGCUACCCCUCUCUCCUACCCUCUGCCGACUGCCCCGAGCCUCUCGAUGUCUCCAACCCCUUCACGUUUGAGCUCAUCAAGGGGGUGCUGCAAGACCUGCGAGCUGUCUUCAAGAGCACGCACAUCCACCUGGGGGGGGACGAAGUCAGCUUUGACUGCUGGGAGUCAUCCCCGACAAUAAAGGCAUGGCUGCAGCGCCGCAACCUCACAUCGGAGGGUGCCUAUGGCUACUUUGUGAAGCGGGUGCAGGCCUUGGCAGUUGAGGCUGGAUGGCAGACUGCUGUCAUCUGGGAGGAGCCCUUUAAGGUGUUUGGCCGAGACCUGGACCCAGCCGCCACCAUCGUCCAGAACUGGUUUGACGUCUCCCUGCCGCCCGCGAUAGUCAAGUCUGGAUUCCGAAUGAUCUUCAGCAAUCUGAACCGCGGCUGGUACCUUGACUUCACGGAGCGCACGUGGAGAGAGGUGUAUUCUCAGGAGCCGACAGAAGCGGUGCCAGCGCCGCUGCGGCCGCUGGUGAUGGGGGGGGAGACGUGCAUGUGGGGGGAGAGGGUCGACCCCUCAGACAUUCUCAACACUGUCUGGCCGCGUGCCGCUGCUGCUGCUGAGCGCCUAUGGAGUCCCCAGGCAUACGUCGACGCGCCUUUCUCCCAAGCUCAUAUCCGCCUGCACAUGUUCCGCUGCCUGCUCACAUCCCGGGGAAUAGAGGCUGCUCCCGUGGACAACGCCCAUGCUCGGUCCGAGGCCCCUGGCCCUGGCAGCUGCUACCGGCAGUAGAAUAAAUAGUCCGCAAGGCGAGAUGCGUAAAAAUAAAAUAAGGUGGGCAUAGAGAAAAAACCGGAGUGCUGCUGCCAAUCCAACCGAUUGCCUAGGGUCAUGUACUAUCGUUGUUUAGGUGGGCAGCUGUUAACCAGUAAAAUAAUGGUGUGCACACCCUUGGCUUCAGCUGAGCAAACUAAGUUCACUUAGGCAACUGAGUGCACAUGCAUUUUUUUUUAUAUGCCUAUUUGGCUUGGAGGUGGAGAUUGUGGAGACUCUGGAUUUGUCAAACAUGUGUAGUUAUCAUGUUUGUAUAGAC